AUGCGCGCCGAGCCUGGUGAUCCAGGAUCGCAGAGCAGAGAAAGUGAUGAACGCAUCGCCGCUGCUACUAGCGCGGCUGGCGCUGGUGGUUCCGUGUUCGUGACGGUGGGUACGACGCGGUUCGACGCGCUGGUAGAAGUGGUGGACAGCCGUGAAUGCCGCGCUGCGCUGAAGCAGCGCGGGUUCACAUCCGUGGUGGUGCAGCGGGGGCGAGGCACGUACAAACCAGCCGAGGGCGACCCUGACAGCACGGGUGUGACAGUAACGAGCUUCGAGUUUGCUCCGUCUAUGGCACCCUACAUCGAGCAAGCAUCCCUCGUUAUAAGCCACGCAGGCUCAGGCAGCAUAUUCGAGGCGCUGAGAGCAAGCAAGCGGCUGGUGGUGGUGGUGAACGGGGCUCUCAUGGACAACCACCAGCGGGAGCUCGCAGGGGCGCUCGCAGACAGGCACCACCUGGUGCAGACGGUACCUGAGAGCCUGGUUGCUACAGUGAAGGAGAUGGAUUUGGAAGGGCUCGUGCCGUACCCACCACCGGAGGCUGAGAAGUAUGCUCAAUCGAUAGAUGAGUUUCUGGGGUUUUGA